GCUCUCCUCCCUAUGACAGACUCUCGCCUCCUCAUCGAUGUAUUCAUCUCCGCUGUGCUUUAGUGUCGUUCCGGCAUAAUCGGCCCUUUCCUGCAGCUUCUCGACGGUGCCACUGGCUGUCGGUCUUAACCAACAGCAAACGGCCCCAUCGGCAAGCUACUCAACAGGGUCGGAUUCGCCAAACGAACCACAACACACGAUACACAUAACACUCGAUUCGAUUCUAUUCUGUCGGCCCAUCCGCCCCGUCCCGCCCCGCGUCGCAUCGCUAUCGCAUUAUCCUAUACAUACACACCCCCAUCAGCCAUACCAACCCACCGCAUCCCAACCAUCCAUCCCUUCUGAAUCACAGCAGGAGCGCCCGGUGCAUCCUCUGCAGAUCCACCCCCAGCAGCGCGGCGUUGCAUUUGAGCGAGUAGAGCUCCACGCCCCCCUCCUGCCCAUCCAGCAGCUGCGGCGGGUCGUAGGCGCUCAGCCGGUCGGUCGACACGGGAGGCAGGGCGGGCGGCGGCGUCACCAACACGUCGAUCUCCCACUCAAACUCCACCAGAUCGCUCGCACGGAUGGAGGGCGGAAAGGGGCGCGUGGAGGCGCGGUCCGCGGCCAGGUCGCCGUCUGACGAGAGAGAGAGACACAGAGACAGCAGGCAGGCCAUGUGGGUCAACUGGAUUGUAUCUCCCCCUCUCUGUGUCUGUGUCUGCGUCAGUCAGGACCUUCUCCAAUCAUGGCCUGAGGCUCAUCCCCCGGACUCACAAAGCGGAACCGCAACGCAUACGACACUGACACUGUACACAACACCCACAGACACACGGAUAGAUAGACGUAUAGAGACUCUCACACAAGAAAGACAAGGCGCUUCUUUGCCGGCUCCUCCACACACCCAUACCCAUGUCGGUCUCAAAGGUCGGCGGGCACGUGGGCGGGACGUACACGGUCAUCUGUGUCGCGAGCUGGUGGAUCACGCACUGCCCCUCCUCCAUCAGCACCAGCCGAUGCACUGUCGGGCUGCCCUUGGGUGUCGGUGGCCUCCCUGCCUGGCCGCUGCUGCCCUUAGUCGAGGGAUCCUUCAGGAACGCAGGCGGCAGAUCGCUCUCACUCCGCUCCACACGAAUCAGGCUCACAGACACCUUGACGCAGAGAGAGAAGGACAAGAUGGCAUUAGACAGGUGGGUUGCAUUCCUGUGGUGGUCUUGCCUCGUAGAUGGAGACUUGAGCGAUAGAGAAGUCCAGGUUGAUCUCGAUGGGCGCGCCGAGGUGCACCGAAGGGUGUGAGCGGCCGCCGGCGGGGAGGAAGGGCGACUUGCCCGUGGCAGCGUCUGAUGAGAGGAUCUGGAUCACACACACCGGCACACCGCUGCGGCUCACGCGGUAUGACACUGCACCAGCAACACACCAAACAGACCGACCCACACACGCUCUCACAAAUGACCGCUCCUCUCUCCCUCUGGCUCGCUUACACACGGUAGGCGCCGAUGGCUCCUGGUCGUCAUCGUCCUCAUCGAAAAUGGACGACCGCCGCCUGCCGGGAUGCACCCCGCCGCCCCUCUCACCACCACCACCGCCACCGCCACCCUCAUACCCGUUGAGCAGCCCCGCCGAUGCCGACCUGACGGGCGCCCCGUGGAGGCUGUCCGUGUCGGUGUCGUCCGACCGUGACGUCCGCGAGCGGCCCUUCAUGGCCGCGGUGGCGGGGUGUGUGUCUUGGGGGGCCAGUGGGUGCAGUACAUGCAGCAGGGCGGGGCCGUGGCGACGGAUCGAGUGGGAUGACUGCCACAGGGCAUAGUUGGCCUGAGUGAGUGAGAAAGGGGCGGACACGGAAGGAACGGUGAAUACAUGUGGCUUGGUGGUGGUGUCAUUGUCAUUGUACCCUCGAGCCCGGCCUAGCUUACCUCUAGUGUGGCUGGUGGGUGGUGUGCGUUGUAGUUGUAUGCAUGCCACACACCCCGACCGCAGCCAACGCCCUUCAACAUCGAUAUCUGUCAGAACAGACACACACAUCCGGGCCAGAGGCACAUUAUCAUGAGGGAACCCCGCCCGCACUCCCUCUUGCCGCCCCCCACCUGUGAGUGGCUGCCGCCGCCCUCCCACGCCCUGCUCUGGAAGUCAAACCCAAGAUGCCGAAGCCGAGGCGACGACAUGGUGCCGUUGGGCGAGCCACCUCCAGACGCUGCUGUUGCUGCUGCUGGCGGCGCGGCGGGCGACGAUACCGAUCGUGCUGCUGACGAUGCCGUGCUGGUGGUAGACUUGAUCUGUAUAAUGGUGGCAAUGCGUGUGCAGUGGGUGGGUCGGUGGGUGGGUGGAGGCAUGUGCUGUGUGUGUCGGGUUACGGGGAUAGGUUGUGGUGGCGCGCUGGCUGCGAGUGCGGGCAGGUUGGAUGGCGAUGAGGGAGAGGGUCGCAGAGGCCCCUUGCGGCGCCUCGCCGCGUCCUGGUCUGGGAGGAUCAGGGGGCCCAGAGUUGGAAGCAACGGCAGGUCUGACACAACCACAAACACACAUGUCACACGGAUGGGUGUGUUGCGGGGUUCUCGCUCAGGUGACUCACUCACCGUUGCACCUGGGUCCCAUAAUCAUGACGGGCACCUUGGCGGUGCUCUGGUGCGAUGACAGCAGGUAGGGAUUCAUGGUCUCGACGCGGCGGGGAGACCGCUUCUGGCACGUCAGCAACAGGUAAUACGAAUACCUGGUUGACACACCACACACACACACACACAACCAUCGGCAACAGAGCAUCCACACAGCGCGCCAGCGCGCGCGCGCGCGUGUGUGUGGUGUUACUUGGUGUGUGUGCCGCUGAAGGAUGGCGGGAUGAAAGGUGGGAUCAGACACUCAAACCCAACUGCACACACACACACACACACACACACACACCAGAGCAGUUGUGCUGGAAUGGUACGAUGGUUCCUCUGUUCUGUUGGCUUACACCAUCGCGCCUCAUUGGCCUCCAUGUGUGCGAGGUUGAGGUCGCUGCAGACCACACAGGGGUCCGACACGAACAGCAGGUUGCUCGACGACCCAACACCAGACACACCACCACCAAUACCAUCACCUACACACACACCACACACCACACACACCAGACCAUCGCCACACCUGACUCUCUCUCUCUCUCUCGCUUAUCGUGGAGUGUUUGUCCGGCCAUACCGGAGGAGAGCGUCAUAUAGGGGUCUUCUGGAUUGUACAGAGUAGAGCCCUUGACCUGGUGCGUCCUGGGGAGGCCCAUGUUGGCCAGCCGUGGGUCGGUCACUUGUCCGCAGAGCUGCACCAUGAGGUAGUCCAGGUUGACCAGCCGCGCGUCCAGCGACACCGCCACAUCGCUCAGCUGGUGCAGGAUGAUGUUGCAACGCAGCACGUCCCCGGCGAAGUAGCCGGGCUGGCUCAGCAGCACCUCCAGAUGAACGGGCGUCUUCUCGGCCAUGCCGCCGGACGCUACACACACGGGAUCUCUCACAGAAAAGGGGCUUUUUCACUUCGCG